ACCUGCCAUCUCCCAUGUUACUGUUCCCCGUCGAAUUUGUCCGGCGGAGGCGACGCUGAGCGAUUUUCCCCAUAUUAUCUCUGUGGACCGCAUGGGUAUUUAUCUGAUGUACACACCUGGUUCUUCUGAGCUUGCGGUAUGCCUCCCGUACAAGGGUAUUGCCGGCGAGGUCGACACCAUUCCAUGCCCCCCUCUCCCGAUUGACAACCUAGGAAACACCGGCAUCAUAUCCUAUCGAGGGCUUCCGGACUACGCCAUCUGUGAGCUCCGUCCAAUUACGCCACCUUGCAGAGCUACUCAACCCUGUGGGGUAAGUGGACCGUCUCUGACAAGCUCCAGUGCGACGGGCUAAUUCCGAAAGGGUGGGGUACCAGCGCCUCGGUGAUCUCGCACGAGAGGAAGUUAUGGUGGACAGACCUCUCGUGCGGCAUCAUUACUUGUGACCCCUUCGCCGGGGGUUUCAUCCAGCGCCAGCGUGACCCCUUUGACGAGCCGCAGCUACUGCACUUUAUUCCACUACCAGGGCCGGCUAUCCUUUCCAAGUCCCAGGAUUACUUGGACAAGACGAGGUGUGUGAAGGUGAGCAGCGGGAAGCUCCGAUACGUUCUGUUCCAUCCAUGUUCUCCGGAGGUACAGGCUCCCAUGGUCAGUAUGUGGACUUUGGAUGACCCUGCUGCUGCACACUGGUCGCUUGCGUAUAGUGUAUCCUUCACUGAGAUCUGGUUGAGCCGAAGCUACAAGUUGACUUGUCUGCCAAACAUUGUUCCCAAGCUUGCGCUGGUCCACCCACUGGACCCCAAUGUCCUGUAUUUUUUCAGCUACGGUCGAAUAUUUUCGGUGGAAGUGCACUCGCGGAAGGUCCUUCACUGUGAGCAGUACAACAUGAUCUUUCCACCAGAGGAGCACCACUGCUCCCGCUUCGUCUAUGCUUACGAGUGUAGUCGUGGUGGAGAAGAUCGGAUGUUGCUCAAUGAUAUUCCAAUAUCAUCUAUCAAUAGGAAACCGUUAUCGCUGCUGGAGAAUCAAAAUUUUGGCAUUGAAACUGCGGGCAGUACUUCUAGAAUCCAUCAAGAGAACUUGUCAUUCCUCGAUAAUUUCAGCUAUGGAGACCCUGGGAUGCUUUCACAGUCGUGCGCGUCCCAUGAUGGCCCAACAUCAGCUGUCUGUGGCAAGCAAUUACUGCAACAGGAGAGUGGUAAUGGUAGCAUUGAUCCCAUCAGUAACACUGCAAAAACUCAUCAGGGAAAGUUGAUAAUUCCCAAAAAUUUCUGCUCGGACAAAGUACUGGAAGGGUCACACAUUCAUUUGUUUAAGUCUGCCCAAGACCUAAGAAACAGUAUUGAUGCCAGUAAUUUGGAGUUCUUAUCAAAGAAGCAGGCCUUUGCACUGCUAACAAAUGCCAAUAUUUUCCAAGUGUCAGCUGCAAGGGGUAUAACGGAGGAAGCAUAUCGAGCUGAUGGUUCCUGCAUAGUGGCAGACCAGGCUCUGUUACAACAAAUUCAGCCCGCCGAUUUUGCAUACAGCAGUAGGAGAAAGCAGCUGAAAGAAAAAGUAGCCUCUCUGAUGAUUUCAAGCACCAUAAAAUUAUGCCAGCAUACUAUGAAAGGAAAUAUGUGGGAAAGACAGCGUUAUACCAUUCAAGCCAAUGAUACACUCGGUGUUAUUCAGUGGCGCUCAACACACAAGGGGGAUAAUGAUGGACACUCCUGCAGAACGAGGUCUCAGGAGCUUGCAGCCAAAGGGGAGCAUGCUGAUCAAUCACUACCUCCUGACCCAGACGUACCAAGGCGAAUACAUGGUGCUGAUACUGCUGCACCAAACACACCUGGACGCACUAAUGAUGCUGAGGCUGCUCCAUCAGAUGCACCGGGGCAUACAUAUGGUGCUGAAGCUGACCCAGCCGUUAGAGUUUCAAUGGCUGAGUGGUUAAGUCGCCUUCAAACUAGCCAAGACAGACUAGUAGCAAUUGUGGAGCAAUUUUCAGCAAGGCUUGAAAGAGAUACAUACAUGUUAGAGCAGAUCAUGUUGCAGCAAGCUAAACUUGAGAAGGCUCUCCAGGUGCACACCGCAUCUUCAAAUGCCAUAUCUGAGAGGGUUGAACAGAUCAACAAGCAACUUGAUCAAAUUGCUCCACUAACAACUCCCGCGGCAGAAUGUCCCCCUACUGGUGAACUGUGGAGGGCUGCUAGUAACUUAGUUCUCAAAACAGGGAUGUUACCUACCAAAAUUCUGCCCUUGUAUCUGAUGAUCCCUGAAUGCAGUGUAUAAUCAGAAUCAGCUUGAUUUUCUUGUAGUAGCACCUUUUCUAAUAUUGUUUUACGGCCUUUAUCUUGUUGGUAACUUUCCACUAGCUCCUGUGCCCAAGUAGGAGUAGCUAUAGAGAUUGCCAUACAGCUAGGAAGUACUCUGGAUAAGGCAUCAGUACCUUGUUAAAAACUCCCUUUUUGUAUUGGAUUGUGAAGUUGAAUUCCAACAUUUUCAUCAUCA